ACUUCUCUUAUAUAUAUGCUUCUACAGGUCUUUAACCUAAAGAGUGUCCUUAAAUUUCAAUCCUUUUUUUAAACUAGUAACUUUUUUAUUAAUUAAAUUAUGGAGGUAGUCGAAGAUGUAAUUGAAAAAUCACCUUUAAACGAAGAAGAAUUGCUCAAAAAACAUCGACAAGAACGAAAAGACCUACAAGCCCAGAUACAAUCUUUAAAAAAAGGUGUAGUUAAAGGCGAUAAAAAGAAAAAAAAGGAAGUUACAGAAAUGAUAUCGAAAUUAGAACAAGAACUGGAUGCAGAGCAAGCGCUGGAGUUGAACAACGUAGCUGCCAAUGAUACAGUUUCAUCCGAGCUUUCAUCAAUUAAUGAGGUAGUCAAUGGAGAUGUACCCACUAAGAUCUCCAGAGCACAAAAAAGGAGAACGAAAAAAGAAACCGAAAACAAGGAGCGUGAGAAGAGAAUAGCAGAGGAAGAAGUCAAUCAUCGGCAAGGGCCACGUGUCGUCGAGUUAAAUACCAUUAAAGAACUGCUACAAAAUGAAGGACUGCAAAUUUUUAAUAUACCCGCGGAUGGUAAUUGCUUGUAUUGCGCCAUUAAUCACCAACUGGAGGUGACGGGCCGAGUCAGCUCGAAUGUUUCGAAGCUACGUAAACUUACUGCUUCAUUUAUACGCGACAAUAAAGAGGAGUUUCUUCCAUUCAUGUAUAACGAUGACGACGAUGAACUUAUAGGAGAAGACAAGUUUGAGAAGUAUUGCAAAGAUGUAGCUAAUACUAAAUUGUGGGGAGGACAGUUGGAACUUACUGCCCUGUCGAGCGUUUUAAAGUGCCCCAUUAAAGUUAUUCAAGCUUCGGGCCCUUUAACUAUCCAAGCCGAACAGUACGAAGGUCCACCCUUAAUUCUGACGUAUCACAAGCAUUUAUAUCGAUUGGGGGAGCAUUACAACUCGACCAUUACUUCAGUAGACGAUAAUAUGCAAGAAAGUGAAGAUACUUUUGCCUAAAGCAUGUCAAUUUUUUUUUAAACAUUUUUUUUUUAAAUGGUUCUGUUUUGACCAUUUUUUUAAUUUAUGUAUGUAUUAAAGAACUUGAAAUUGAUUAAGCCGAUAGUAUUUAUUAAAAAAUAAUUACAUAUGUACACAAAUGGUUACUUCCAUUGAAUUAUCGCUAAUAAAAAUAUUUAACUACU